UAUAAAUAUGGGUAGAGCCCCUCUCUUUUCCUUCAACUCUACCAAAAGCCGGACUUCAUUUUACACACCUAAAAACCCAAGAACAGAGGAUAGUAAGAAGAAAAGAAGAAAUGGUUAAGAAAGUUGUGGUACUGGCUGCCUUCUUCUUACAUCUAUGUUCCAACAUGAUUGUUAGAAGUGGCGCUGCAGGCUCCCUGGUUAAGUUUUUGCCCGGGUUCAACGGCUCGCUUCCCUUCGAACUUGAAUCCGGGUAUUUAGGUGUAGGGGAUUCUGAAGACGUACAACUCUUUUACUAUUUCAUCAAAUCAGAGUCUAAUCCCAAGUCUGAUCCCCUCUUGCUUUGGGUUAGCGGAGGACCCGGUUGCUCUUCCCUCUCCGGCCUACUAUUUGAGAUUGGACCUCUUAUGUUUGGACCUAAGAUUCCUGAGAAUAUUACUGAAACCGUGCCAACUUUGAUAUCACAACCUAACUCAUGGACGAAGGUGGCAAACAUUAUUUUCUUGGACAUGCCAGCGGGCACAGGAUUCUCUUACGCAAAAACUAAAGCAGAUCAACAAUCAACUACAAUUCAAGCUUGCCAACAAUCUUAUGAGUUUCUUCUUAAGUGGCUAGUUGAUCAUCCAGAGUUUGUUUCAAAUCCAUUCUAUAUGGGGGGUGACUCAUAUGCUGGCGCAUUUAUUCCUAUCAUUACUCAAAUCAUAUCAGAUGGGAAUGACAAGGGAAUAAACACCAAGAUCAAUCUCAAGGGAUAUGUACUUGGCAAUCCAUACACGGCGCCCGAUUAUGACAAUUACAAAGUCCCUUAUGCGCAUGGAAUGGGACUCAUUUCAGAUGAAUUUUUUGAGUCUUGGAAGAAGAGUUGUGAAGGGGAAAUAUAUGACAUUAUAAGGCCAGAUAACGUCAAGUGUUCUGAAGUCGUUCAAAGUUUUCAAACGAUGGUCUUCGGAAUCAAUCCACUACAUAUAUCAGAACCCCUCUGUAUGCCACCUCUUUUGAGGUCCCAGGAGGGGUUUGCCCACACAAGAAGACUUCUGGAAAAGUUUAACCACCUCACCGGCGCCACUGUUCCAUCAUCGAAAUUUUGUCGGUGGUUAGUGUAUAUUUUUGCUGAACUUUGGGCGAAUCAUGAGAGCGUUCAAGAGGCCCUCAAUGUAAAAAAGGGGUCUAUUGGACGGUGGGAACGAUGCAACCAUGAUUUGGAUUAUAAUGGAACAACAAUUGAUCUAAUUCCAUAUCAUCAAAAGCUCAGCGCUAGAGGCUAUAGAUCACUAAUUUACAGUGGGGAUCACGACUUUGUUAUUACCUUCAUUUCAACACAAGCAUGGAUACGAGCUCUAAACUAUUCUAUUAUUGAUGAGUGGAGGCCAUGGAUUGUUGAUAGGGAAGUUGCCGGGUUUACAAGAACAUACUCAAACAACAUGACAUUUGCAACAGUGAAGGGGGCAGGUCAUACAGCUGCUGAAUACAAACCUCAGGAAUGCCAAACAAUGAUGAAAAGAUGGUUUUCUUAUGAUCCACUAUGAUAAAUUUAUUAUUAUAAGCAAUGUAAUAAACGCAUUUGAAAUAUUUCAAAUUAGGACACUUUCGUGCCAAAGCCCCUCUUGGAGCUCAACUAGUGAUCUUCAAAGUAAGUUACAUUAAAGAGCUAUCAUGAAGUAUGACAUAGAUAAAUCAUUUUGAUUUUUCUUGUUUUCAGUAUAAUGUGUUACAACUUGUGAUGGAGUUCAUGACAAUAUAAUCAUUGUGUGCCUCAAAAUAAAAUCAACACUAGUACACGUAGUAUAGCGUAGUAAGGUUCAAUUUGUAUCCACGAGAAAAGGUAUUUCUUCUUUGUGAAAUUGCAC